AUGCAAAGGCUUCCAAAAGAUAACUUCAAAAUACCCCUAUUUCUGUCACCUUUCUUUGUCUGCAGGACUUUAUCUACCAGUGAUGAUGUUGAGGACCGAGAGACUGAGAAAGGCCGCCUGGAAGAAGCUUAUGAGAAGUGUGACCGGGAUCUGGAUGAGCUCAUUGUGCAGCACUACACGGAGCUCACCACCGCCAUCCGCACCUACCAGAGCAUCACGGAGCGCAUCACCAACUCGCGCAACAAGAUCAAGCAGGUGAAGGAGAAUCUGCUCUCGUGUAAGAUGCUGCUGCACUGCAAGCGGGAUGAGCUGCGCAAGCUGUGGAUUGAAGGGAUUGAGCACAAGCAUGUCCUGAACUUGCUGGAUGAGAUAGAGAACAUCAAGCAAGUUCCUCAGAAGCUGGAGCAGUGCAUGGCCAGCAAGCACUACCUCAAUGCCACAGACAUGCUGGUGUCAGCUGUGGACUCCUUGGAGGGUCCCCUUCUUCAGGUGGAGGGAUUGAGUGACCUGAGGCUGGAGCUCCACAGCAAGAAGAUGAACAUGCACUUGGUCCUGAUAGAUGAGUUACACCGUCACCUUUACAUCAAAUCAACCAACCGAGUAGGACAACGCAACAAGGAGAAAGGGAGAUUAAGUUCACUUGUGAAAGAUGCCUCUCCUGUACCUCUUAUGGAUGUUACUAACUUAUCUACACCUCGAAAGUUCCUGGAAACUUCUCAGUUCAGUACUCCAGGAAGCUCCAGCAUGCGAGACACAAGCCUUCUGGAAAUUAAAGAAGAUGCGGAACUGGAUCCAGAGGAGAACAGCACUGUCUUCAUGGGAAUACUCAUCAAAGGGCUGGCCAAGCUGAAAAAAAUCCCUGAGACAGUGAAAGCCAUCCAGGAUCGCUUAGAACAAGAACUCAAGCAGAUUGUGAAGCGCUCCACAACCCAAGUGGCAGACAAUGGUUACCAGAGAGGGGAGAACCUUUCCCAGGAAAACCAGCCUAGGUUGCUGCUGGAGCUGCUGGAACUUCUCUUUGACAAGUUCAACGCUGUGGCUGCCGCGCACUCAGUGGUCCUUGGACACCUUCAGCAAACAGUGGCCUCUCCUUGCAGCCAGUAUGACGGUGAUAUCAAGCUCUAUGACAUGGUUGAUGUGUGGGUGAAGAUCCAAGAUGUGUUGCAG